UUCUCCAUUACUGGUAAUAUUAUUUCAAUCAUUUGGCACGGAAGAAACCAAGCGAAAAGCAAUAUCGUUACAACGCUAGUUAUCAAUCUAUCAGUCGCAGAUUUAUUAAUGGGAUUCUAUCUCAUUUUCAUCGCAUCAUCCGAUGUUUAUUAUGCUGGAAAUUUUGCUGAAUUUCAUGAAAUUUGGUUACGAAGUCCAAUUUGUUUAUUAUCUUCAUUUCUGAUUUCUAUAUCAUCUCUCAUGUCGACCAUGAUUAUGUUUCUUAUCACUUUGGAUCGCUUCUUAUUCUUGGUCUUUCCAUUUGCCAAUUAUCGUUUAUCCUAUCGUAACAUUGUGCUUUCCUUGUUGGUAUCAUGGUCAAUUUUCGUCGCAUUUGUUGCUCUACCGAUAAUCUACAGCGUUAAUCAACCAUAUAGAAAUCGUUUAUAUGGUAAUAAUGGUGCUUGCCUGCCGGGAAACAUAGAGAAUCAUUAUCUACUAGUAUGGUCAUUAGUUUACUGCGGCCUAACUCUUAUCAUUUGGAUCAUCAUUACCAUCAUGUAUAUCACAAUUAUUGUCACAUUAACGAAAUCGCGUCGAGAUACUAAUCAUACCAUGUCUAAAGUGGAUAAGAUUAUGCAGAUGAAAAUGAUCACAAUCGUCAUAACUGAUCUUACCUGCUGGUUACCAUUUUAUAUCGUCUUCAUAGGCAGUUUACUUCGCUCUGAGUUGGAUACCCAUACCAUGCCAUUCGUAGCCAUCCUCUCCUUACCUAUGAAUUCAUGCAUUAAUCCGAUCUUGUAUACCCUAUUUACGCAAACUUUU